AUGGGCUCACCACUGGCGCCCGUUGUGGCUAACAUUUUUAUGGAGUGGUUCGAGGAAAAAGCACUAGAGUCUGCAAACGUGAAACCGCGAUACUGGUGGCGAUAUGUAGACGAUAUUUUUGCUGUCGUCGCCCGGGACUCAUUGAAGGACCUGACGUCACACCUAAAUCGGGUGCACGCGAAGAUAGAGGUCACCAUAGAGGAGGAAAAAGAAGGAAAGUUACCGUUCCUGGACGUACUGGUCAUUCGAGAGCCGAACGGACGGGUGACUCAUACCGUAUACCGGAAGCCAACGCACACAGACCGGUACCUACGGGCCGACUCUCAUCACCACCCCUCACACCUAUCUUCGGUGCCUCGUACGCUGCUGAACCGAGCACUCGCUCUAUGCGACCAUGAUUACGUCAAUGCGGAACUGAGGCAUGUACGUGACGUAUUAGAGCGCAACGGAUAUCAGUGGCGCAAGUGUAGACGUCUCCUGGGAUCUGCGGGUGAAGCUCCAACAACAUGA